CGUGUCUGACACUCCUAAGGAGGUUGUAAAAUGCUUUUGUCCAUUCCUUUUUGUCUUUCAACAAAAGGGUUUAGCAUACACCCACAGAGCCCGUCUAGUGGCGAGAUGUCCCCGUUGCAGAUGAAGCAUUCAAAUCAAUGAGUCCCUUUCUUUGUUUGAUUUGCUAGCUGGUUUAAUCUGUUUUCUGUAGUGCCUUGGAGCUUCCAGAUUUUUUUCUCCCCCCUCCAUUCUAAUUCACUAUGAGCAAGCAUGAGGGAUAUGAGUGUGAACAUGGCUGCAGUUUUUCCUGCCUGAGCUGGCUCUGAUCCUUUUAAAUGACUAUACCAGGAGGAUUUCGCAGUUGCACAGAAACUGAUAUUUCUUCGAAAAUCUUUAUCAAUUCUACACUCACCCCACCGGCUGGUUCAGAGAGCCACUAUGAUGCUACCUUAUUGACACUGCUUGUCGUGGGAUCCUACAGCCUGUGUAUAAUUCCUUUGUUAGCCACGUUUACUGGGAAAAAAACUGGUAAUGCUGCUAUCAUCAAGUAUGAGGAGAAACCUCCCAAGCCAGCAUUUCAGAAUGGUUCCUCAGGAUCCUUUUAUUUGAAGCCUUUGGUACCCAGAGCUCAUGUGCACUUGCUAAAGACUCCUUCAAAAGGUCCUUCGAGAAAAACUCUAUUUACAGCUCUUAAUGUGGUUGAAAAGGGCAGGCAAAAGAACCCCAGAAGUUUAUGUAUCCAGACCCAGACGUCUCCAGAUGUGCUCUCCUCCAAAAAAUCCCUUGAAUUGGCUCAGUAUAAGACGAAAUGCGAAAACCAGAGUGGAUUUAUCCUGCAGCUCAAGCAGCUUCUUUCCCGCGGUAAUACCAAGUUGGAAGCAUUAACAGUUGUGAUUCAGCAUCUUCUCUCAGAGCGAGAGGAAGCGCUGAAACAACAGAAGACGCUAUCUCAAGAACUUGUUAACCUCCAGGGAGAGCUAGUCACUGCUUCCACCACCUGUGAGAAAUUGGAGAAAGCCAAGAACGAGCUAGAAACAGCCUACGAAGGGUUUGUCCAGCAGCACCAGGCCGAUAAGACAGAGAGAGAGAAUCGGCUCAAGGAAUUUUACACGAGGGAGUAUGAAAAACUUCGGGACGCUUACAUCGAAGAAGCAGAGAAGUACAAGACUCAACUGCAAGAGCAGUUCGACAACUUAAACGCCGCCCAUGAAACCUCUAAGUUGGAAAUCGAAGCUAGCCACUCGGAGAAAAUAGAAUUGCUAAAGGAGGCCUACGAAGCCUCCCUUUCAGAAAUCAAGAAAAGCCAUGAAAUAGAAAAGAAAUCACUCGAAGAUUUGCUUUCUGAGAAGCAGGAAUCACUAGAGAAACAAAUCAAUGAUCUGAAGAGUGAAAAUGAUGCUUUAAAUGAAAAGUUGAAAUCAGAAGAACAAAAAAGAAUAUCAAGAGAGAAAGCAAAUUUGAAAAACCCUCAGAUCAUGUAUCUGGAGCAGGAAUUAGAGAGCCUGAAAGCUGUGUUAGAGAUCAAGAAUGAGAAACUGCAUCAGCAAGACGUCAAGUUAAUGAAAAUGGAGAAACUGGUGGACAGCAACACAGCAUUGGUUGACAAAUUGAAGCGAUUCCAGCAGGAGAAUGAGGAAUUGAAAGCUCGCAUGGACAAGCACAUGGCAAUUUCAAGGCAACUGUCCACGGAGCAGGCUGUGCUGCAGGAGUCCCUGGAGAAGGAGUCGAAAGUCAACAAGCGGCUGUCCAUGGAGAACGAGGAGCUUCUCUGGAAGCUGCACAACGGGGACCUGUGCAGCCCCAAGCGAUCGCCCACGUCCCCCGCCGUCCCUUUCCAGUCGCCCAGGAACUCGGGCUGCUCCUCCAACCCCAGCAUCUCACCCAGAUGACACUUCCCGGAGACUGUCCGAGCGCGCGUUCUGCAGGACUGGCCCCGACCGUGAUCGCGGGCGCAAGAGCUACAUUAGCUCUCGCCGUGGUCACCGCGGGAUAACUGGAAAAGUCACCACCGCCCCGCAUCGGCAACUUCCGAGACUGGAACUCUGGAGAUGGGGGUUGGGGGGGUUGGGAGACUCUUGGACUCGGUCCAAAAGACUCCUCCAAAAAAGAUUUCGCAGCCGACCUCGGACGUUGUUGCACAAAGCACUUAAAGAACGAGAGAAUCUUGUUCGUUGCCUUUUUUUUCACCUAAGCGUAAGGGGAAAAACUCUCAGGGGCCUAUUAAGAUAAAGAUUUAUAACCUUUGUAAUGUUCUUCACCGCAGACACCUUCUUGUGAGUUUUAUUUUGGUCUGGCUGGGGGGGCCGGGGUGUGAAUGAGCUGGAUGUUUAACAGUGUCACGCGUCUGAUGCAGCCGCCCUGGCUGUGUGUUAAGUCAAAACUCAAUCUUUCCUGGAUCCCUACUAAUCAAAAUCAGCGCGCACAUUUCAGCAAAAGCCAUAGGAAAAAAAAGCAAUAGUUGCUUGAAUUCAGUCUUAGCACCAGCCCAGGUGGGGAGAGGCUCUGCUCUGUCUGUACAUUCUCGGUAUGUUUUUGGGGUCAACUUGUUGGCAGUUUCUCAACGUUCAGCCAUGUCCCUUGAAGCUAGCUUGAUUUUUCGGUAGGUUUUUUACUUACCCAUGUGAGCCAACACUAUACUAUGAUCUAUUCUCUCAGGCUACAAGUAAAUGUAGAACCCUACUUUUUCUUUAAAAAAAAAUCUGUACAAAGAAACAGGGCAGCGCGCCAGUGGGUUGUGCUGCCGUAUUUUUACCUUGAUCUAAGCUGCCCUUGUAGAUCCAUGCAGUCCCCUGCUCUCCCAUCAGCCUCAUUCCCCCUUCACUUUCUCCACCAUCCAGAGCCACAAAAGCAAACCUCCUACCUCCGACCUGCUUUUCUCUGGGACAGGGACAAAAAAAACAUGCUUUCCCAGAGCCAGCUCAUCUUCAAGGUGCUGAAGCCACUCUCCAAAAUUACACUAAAGGCCUGGAUCUGAUACUAUAGUUUUGGAGAAAAUCUUAGACUAAAGAACAAGGAGAAGUCAUUGGCUACUAGAACUAAAAUAGGAUUCAGUGCUUAGGGAUGCAGAGAAGCACCUUGCGUUAAACCAAUGAUGCCGUAUUUAAUAGAAGAAAACAGUGGGGAAAGCUCAUGCUACUUUUUCAGGUAUGGUUCGAGGAAUCCUCCUGUCUUGGGGAAGGUGGUAGAACGGCCAGCAAGUGCAAAAUGUGGCUUGUACGGCUCUUCUCCAAGAUCCAUUUCGAUUUCUUUCCAAAAAUUCUUCCCCCAAUCCUGAGACUUUGGAAAAGACAGAAGGACGGAAGGACUAUGGCUUUUUCUCCCUCUCCCUGCAUGUGUCAAUGUUGCCAUGUAUUUGCUACCCUGCGUUCAGUGGCCGUACAAAUAACCCCUAUAGUAAGAAGAGCUUCGGGAUACUAGAGGUGGAUAUUUGAGUCAUUUACAUGUACGUUACAUAGCAAAUGGAUAUUCAUGGUGCAUGUUUUCUUUAGUGAUUGUCUGAAGUUUAACACGUAUGUAACCUUCCACGUUUGCUUCUGAUUAAUGGAAACGUAGGUUCACUGCCACUUCCUGGGAUGUCCCUGCUCACACCCCCAAAGUUGUCCUCGAUGACAUUAGCCAAAGUUGGGUUUGCCAUUCAUCCCCUACACGUGGUAAGUCUUGUGCUGUUCCCUGCUGUCCUCCCUACUAUGUGUCUGGGAAAUAAAUCUUUCAGUAAUUAAUAUAAAAUGUUCUCCAGAGGAGAGAAGAUGAUAGAGAACCUUUUUUUUUUUUUAAACCAAAUGUUUCACGUAGGAUGCAAAAUGCUGGCACGUCAUAAAAAUAUGGAUGUGUAAACAACUGUAGUUGUGCUCAGUUUGUAGUGAUGGAAAGUGUAUUUUACUUGGAUCAAAUAAAUAAUGCUGGAAUAUUCAAUCUAA